UGCCAGCUUCUUUUACAGGCUUCAGUGUUAAUUUCCUUGAGCAAAAGUGUCUAAUGGUAUUAGAAACCACCACAGACCUCAUUUCUGAUUUUGAAAAGGCCCAACUUUCUCCUUACUAAGGCUUUUAAGGUGCCUGCCUCCGGAGUGCAAGUUGCUGAUGAAGUUUGUCGCAUUUUCUAUGACAUGAAAGUUCGAAAGUGCUCCACACCAGAAGAGAUCAAGAAGAGAAAGAAGGCUGUCAUUUUCUGUCUCAGCGCAGACAAGAAGUGCAUCAUUGUAGAAGAAGGCAAAGAGAUCCUCGUGGGAGACGUUGGCGUCACUAUCACUGACCCUUUCAAGCACUUCGUGGGAAUGCUUCCUGAGAAGGAUUGUCGCUAUGCUCUGUAUGAUGCGAGCUUUGAGACCAAGGAGUCCAGGAAAGAAGAGCUGAUGUUCUUUCUGUGGGCACCAGAACUAGCACCUCUGAAGAGCAAGAUGAUCUAUGCAAGCUCCAAGGACGCCAUCAAGAAGAAGUUCCAAGGCAUAAAGCAUGAAUGUCAAGCGAACGGGCCAGAAGACCUCAACCGGGCUUGUAUUGCUGAGAAGCUAGGUGGGUCCUUAAUUGUAGCCUUUGAAGGAUGCCCCGUGUAGAUCAUCGUUCAGUGCCACAAUCAAAAGCUUCCAUGUUUAAUGUUCUCCUCUUGCUAUAUAAAUAAAGCGAAUAUACUAAGGCCAGGGUCUCACUGAAGGGGAGCUGUCUUAUCAUCUUUUAGAGUAAACUAAAAUAAUCUAUAAAUGUGUUCAAAUGGCCCUAAAUAAAUCUAAAGUCUAAAGUUUUAUUGGUGUGAAAUUAAAUUCUUAUUGGCCAAAUGCCUGUUUUGAUGAGUUGAUUUAUAAAGAUUUUUGUUAAGCUCAGGAUUUUUAAUAAUGCAGUUCACAAAGCAGUACAAGGCCACAUGAAGAGGACUGUCACAUCCUUGUUAACCUCAGCACUUACUUUGUGUCUUUUGCUUAGAGAACUGGUUAUAGUUUGAUUCUAAUUCUUUAUCCUUCCUUGAGCUAAGCAGAAUAAUGGCAUACACUAUGUCCUCAUAGCAUAUAACAACACGAGUCCACUAAGAGCAGUAGGAUUAAGCCAGGCAGUCCCUUAGUUCUGUCAGGUGGGUCACAGAGACUGCCUGAGAACUGUCUACUCGCCCUCACGGAUCCUGCAAAGCACCCCUUCAAGCACGGCGUUGGAAUCAGGCGCAGCCCCUGCACCUGUGGCGACCUCGCCACUGCUAGUUGGGAGACUGUUCUGAGCGUGACCUUCUGUCUGGUAAAUCACAGUGUUUUUCAGGAGAAUGUGCAGUGUCUUAUAACAACUAAUUAUAAUGCAAACUGAGCUGCUUUGUUAAUGAGAAUGAUAAAAUGGCAUAUUGACAAGCUGGACACCUGUGAUAUCUUAAAUUGUGUCUCCUUCAGAACUUUGCUGCUUCUGGUACAAUAAAGUGUGGAAGAACA